CUCGAUCAACAAGUGCAUUGUGGGAUUAGAUGGUGGUCAUUUUUGUCAUUUAUAUUAUUGUCUAAAAGUGUUGCAACCAACCGAAUAAAUUGCGUGUUUUACCUGAAGCUCGUCUUAAUUACUAUGAAAUUUGUGAUAUGCUGUUUAUUAUCGCUAGCCGUAUCUGUGUAAAGUGUGCAUUUAACCAAGCGUUUGAUAACAAAGGUCAUUUCAGAUGAACCUAACCCAACGUCUCUAGAGUCACGAAAAAGAAAUUACCAUGUUUUGGAAAUACAACAACAAUUCGUCGUCGGAGCUCGACGCCCUGCUCGCCAAACAGGACGUCACGUUGUCGGAGGUGAUGGACGCUGAAGACAUCAUCAACCAGUGCAAAGCGCAAAGCAAGGGCUUGAUCGACUUUCUUUUGAAGCCCGAAAUGAUGGAAGAGCUUGUAAGUCUUGUAACACGUGAGCCUUCCAACGAAUUGGACGAAAGAGUUAGGUUCAAGUACCCAAACAUUGCGUGUGAAUUACUUACAUCUGAUGUUCCUUCAAUUAACGAGAGGCUGGCUAGUGACGAAGUACUGCUUGAUAAGCUGUACAGUUUUUUAGAGUGUGAGCCGCCCUUAAACCCACUCUUAGCUUCCUACUUUAGUAGAAUUAUGGGUGCACUUAUUGCCAGAAAGACUGAGCAGAACUGGUUGUCCUAUCAGUUCACUUGCUUACAGGUUCUAGAUUUUUUAAAAACUAAGGACACCUUUAUAUCAUUACUGCUCAAACAUUUAGGCACUUCCGCUAUCAUGGAUCUCAUGCUCAAGCUUAUGACACAGGUUGAAAGCCUCGAAAUGAGACAAAAUAUUCUCAAUUGGCUUGAUAGUCAGAGAAUAAUGCAGUCGUUGGUUUGUCUUUUAAAUCCGAAAAUUGACAAAGAAAGGCACUAUAAUGUUGCUCAAUUAUUGUGUGAUUUUAUCAAAGCAGCUCGUGAUACUCAAAGAAAUUCAUCGGAAAGAGUUGAUCCGGAUCCACUACUUAAUACACUAGAAUCAGCUGAAACAGUAUCAUUAUUGUUAGAUAAUAUUUUUCAAGAGGAAAAGACCGAAAGUGCUAUUGUUGGCGGCAUUCAAGUACUUUUAGCACUUUUAGAUAUUUCCCAAUUGAGCAUUCCUAAAAUAAACUCCCAAAUUAGCUACAAUUCCAACAUAAACGACGAAGCAAUUGACAUAGAACACAAAGAGAAAGUCAUUAAAUCGACAACGGAGGCAAUCCUUGGCCACAUAAAAGACUUCCAUGAAUUACUAAUAAACCCGCCCAUUAAAUCAUCAAUAAAUACAAGCGUCGGUAUUUUGGAAACACCUCUUGGCAAUACACGUCUUCAAGUGACUAAAUUAUUUGCCGCAAUAAUAGCCUCAAAUAACACACGUUUGGCGGAAGAAAUCGUCUCAAUGGACACAUUUUCCAUACUUUUAGACUUGUUUUUUAAAUAUCCCUGGAACAAUUUCCUCCAUACUCAAGUGGAAAAUUGCCUUAUAUCCGCUUUGAAGACACACACCACGGAUGAAUCCAAUGAAAAUUCGAAUGCCUUAAGUACACACUUGUUAGUCAAAUGUAAUGUGAUUGAGCGAAUUUUGAAAGCCUGGAAAGACAACGACGAGCAACAGAAAGCGAACGGAGUACGACAGGGUUAUAUGGGCCAUUUAAUAAGCAUAAUUAACAAAGUAGUUGAAUUGUGUUCAAAUACUUCACUAGGGAAGUACCUAAUCGAUAAUUUACCAGAAGUCGCCAAAAAUUUAGACGAAUUUAAGGAAACAACACUAAAGGAAACCAAUUCCGUUCAAGACACUUUAUUGGGUGGGGUAUAUCCGCACAGCACCCACGAGGAUAGCAACGAUUAUCCUGGUGUAACGUAUAAUCAAAACGAGAUUUAUUGCAGUUAUCAGACCCAUAAUCUCACACCGCACUGCAUCGAUGGUUAUAGCGGUUUCAACGAUGAUGAAUUCAACGAUGGUGACGAUACUUUGCAGUCUAUCGACCAUCGAACCGAUAUGAAUUUCAGCCUUACCGACGGUGAUUUGGCCCAACAACGUGAACUAUUCAAACAGAUGUGUGCCCAAAAUAUUAAUACACUUGAUGAUGCCGAUGAUCAAAUUUUUGAAGAUCGUGAUCAUACAUUUCAAACGGUGAUUGAAAAAGAGGAUCAGAAUGAUACGGUCUAUAGUAGUGAUAGUGAUGAUGAUAAUGGACCGGCGGGGGUUCCCAUGGAUGUUGAUCCUUGGCUUUCACCAAAAGGGGGCACAGGAGCCCCCUUGGAGGCGGCAGACCCCUGGGGCGGAGCCCCACAAUCCACCACAACCACUACCACCACCACGACCAGUGAUCAAAUGGGUGAUUGGGCCGAUUUUAGUUCGGUUAAUUUCGAGGCGAAUUUUGAGGCCGUUUUUGAGAAAACUCCAACACGUAAAAGUGAUGAUGAUGAUUUAAAAGUGGAAAAUAUCGAAGAAUUUGAAGCGAAAAAAACAGACGAUGUCAUCAGUAUUGAAACAGUUGCUCAAACGGCGAUUAAAGACGACCAAAAUGUCGAGAAAAAAGAGGAGAAACAAGCGGGUGAUUUAUUAUUAGGCGAAAGAAAAGACACGUCACAGUCGGUUAUUGAACCGUCCAAUGCGUCAGUUCACGUUGAGGGAGUCAAGGAAGCUUUGCCUCCUGCUAGUGAAACAAAAGACGUGUGAAUAACGCCCCCCUCCCCUACAUAUCAAACGGGAACUUAAACUGUUAGAAUGAAUGCCAUAAAAUGAGAUAGUGUUUUGUAAUCGACACAUUUUAAUCAUUACAGUAAAACACAAAAAAACUAUCUUUUCAUAAUUUUUUAACAUGAUUAUUCAUCUAGCAAUAUUUGUUGUAAAAAAAUGGUUAUUUAAUUUAUUAUUGGUAUUUUUUUACUUUUGAUUUGAUUUGGAGUAGAAUCGUUGGCUUUGUGAAGAGAUGCGUUUGUUGGGAAAAAGUUAUUGAUUCAGGGUUAAAUAGUAUUAAAGUGUGUUUGUAUUUAAAAUUGCUUAUCGCUUAGUAUUAAUGUGAUCGAUCUCUUUGCAAAGCAUACAAUACAGGGUGUCUCAGCGAGUUGGUAAAGUCUAUUAUUCACCUUUAAAUGUUACAGAAGUAUUUUUUUCUAAGUCGUAAUGUGGUGGAAGUCCUACUUUUGUAGAAGUCUUAAAUUAAAUAAAAUAAAAGUAUAAGUCAAAAUUAUUAAUCUUAAAAGCUACUUCAAACAAUGCAAAAAAAAUAUAAGUUUGUAUUAUAGCUCAUUUCAGAAACAGCCUGUAUAUUUGAAAAUAUUUUUAGGUGAGGUAUCUACGGCUUAGAAAAAUAAAAUUAUUACAUUUCCAAUAUUUAGAAGAGAGUAAUGGGACACUCUGUAUUACCGAUAUGGAAGAUUGAGAUAGAUUUUGUGCAUUUUUUCGGUUGAUUUUAGCACAAAGUCUGUUCAGUAUUGUGAUAUAAACCAAUCCGAUGCAACUUAGAAUUGUAGUUACUUUAUUGUGCCUGUUAAUGCAAUCAGAACUUAAACCAAAAAAUGUAAAAGUGUAUUCAUCGAAACAUAUGUAAAUAUAUUAUUACUACAUUUUCGUUUGGACAAAAUGUACAAAUACUAGUUUUCAUAAUAUGAUGUGACAUCAACCAAUGUUUUACGUUUUCAUCUCCACUUCUGUGAUUUUAAAUCGUGGCUAAAUUACUACAUAGCACACUUGUACUAUUUUUAUUUAGCGGAUUCGACCCUCAUGAACAGUGCCUAGGCAUAUUGUAUAUUUUUUAACAUCCUCGUACUGUUAUUUUGUUUUCAUUGUCCUAUUGGUUCUAAUAAAAUUUAUUGAAUUUCAAA